CUAGCUUACUACUACACUUGCUUGUGUCUCCUCGGGUUUUCUUCCUGUAUCGGGUGACUAGCGUAUAAUAAUAUAAUCCUGCCUGUCGCGCCCUCCCCUUCCCUUCAUCUUUCCCCUCCCCCGUCCCUGUGCUGCCCCGGGUCCUAUCUGCUUGCCUGCUCCCAGUUAUUCUGUGUAUUGUGUGUAAUAAAUGCGAAGCCGACUCACUCUAAUCAAGCUGAUUAAAAAUUCCUGCGCGCUGUGCCGGAAAUCGUGCUCUCCUCUGUCUUUUUCCCUUCUUUUCACUUUUCAUCGAUAUCUCGCCCUUUCGAUUUACACGGGAGUGGGGUAGCGGAUUAAAUCGAGAAAAAGCUGGGUUCCAGGAGGUGUCUGUCGCAGUUUUAUAUUCAAAGCCGUCUUUGGGUGUUAUUUUAUGUUUCACGUUUCCUAUUAAAAUGAGGAGAAAGAAGAGGAGCUGCAGCUGCAGUGACGGCAGGAGGAGUGAUGAGUCAAUACAACUAAUAAUUUAAUGGGGACACAGACAGAAAGAGCACUCUGAAACUGCUCCGUUUGGACGCAACGCUAAUAAAGAGCAAAACAAAACGAUUUGACAUAUUGUAAUUUUUUAAGGACACUGAGCCCUUUUCUUUCUAAGUUUUUUUAUGCCAGCUAAAGGUUGUGGAAUGAAAUUCUGUACUUUUACCUGCUGCUGGGAGCUCUUCGGAUUUCCUAUUCUGUCAGCAGAGUGACAGGUUCUUUGCUGGUUUUCUGGAACGCAACUGUCAAUUCAAAGAAAAGUGACAUUUACGUGCUUUUUCAUACAAGUCACCACUUUGUUUUAUACAUCGGGCUUAUAUUUCUGUCAACUUUGUCACAUGCUAAUUUUAUCAUGUGUGCUUUUUCGAAAGUGUUUUACUUAUUUCUUUUUCAUCUAUGGCAUUAUGAUAUCUACCUUUUUUGACUGACUACAUUUCGCACAUUUCUAGGUUGCACGUUUUUGUUAAUAUUUUUGUUUCCGAAAAUAACUGAUUCGGAGAACAAAGACUUGAGAAUAUUUCUUGCAAUUUAAUUACGCCAGCAAAACAUAUGUCACUUUUGUAUUUCUCUUUUUCACGUGUGAGCAAAUGCCACCCCUGUUCACACAUUCUUAAAAGACUACUGGUAACCCAUUUACCUUGCCUGUUUUGUUUGUUUGUUUUGAACCGCCUGUCUCCCCCGAAUUAAAAAAAAAAAAAAAAAAACAUUAUUUUAGUGGAAAGCCGCGGUGAGGUCAGGCUGUGGGAAAGGAGCUACGAAAGCUCGGACUUGAACUUCUUCCUCUGUAGCAGCCCAAGCUGCGGUGGAACAGCUUUCGUUAUUUAUAUGCUGUCAAGUUUUGAAGUGGUAACUAAAAGAGGAGUUAGAGGAUGGAUCAUUCGAAUGAGCUGAGUCAUGGGAAGGAGAGUUCAGAAAUACCCAAUAACAUUGGUGAUUUAAAGGGUCCACCAUCCAAGAUUCCUCGCUUGGAACAGAAUGGAAGCUCACAUUUGAGAGGGAGACACGGGAGUACAGGAUCUAAGAUUCCAGGGGUUUCACUGAAGCUUUCAGGACAUCUGCUCAAUUCGAGUAAGAAAGGAAACAUGAUUCCUGUUUUUUGUAUAGUGGAACAUUAUGAAAAUCCUAUUGAAUAUGAGACUAAGGAGGAACAUGCAGAGUUUGUGCUGCUGAGAAAGGAUAUGCUGUUCAACCAGCUGAUCGAAAUGGCUCUUCUGUCACUUGGAUAUUCACACAGUUCUGCUGCUCAAGCAAAAGGUCUGAUUCAGGUUGGCAAGUGGAAUCCAGUCCCAUUGUCAUAUGUGACAGAUGCACCUGAUGCCACAGUUGCUGACAUGUUACAGGAUGUAUAUCAUGUAGUUACUUUGAAAAUCCAGUUACACAGUUGCCCUAAACUAGAAGAUUUACCUCCUGAGCAGUGGACUCACACAACUGUAAGAAAUGCCCUGAAGGAUUUACUAAAGGACAUGAACCAGAGCACACUGGCUAAAGAAUGCCCCCUUUCCCAGUUUGGAAGCUUCGUGGAACAGCAUUUCCGGGACUUACACAGCUCAUCAAAUGGAUUGAGUAUGAUUUCUUCCAUUGUGAACAGCACUUACUAUGCAAAUGUCUCAGCAGCAAAAUGUCAAGAAUUUGGAAGAUGGUAUAAACAUUUCAAGAAGACAAGAGAUAUGAUGGCUGAAAUGGAAGGACUCACUGAGUUAUCUCAGCAAGGAACAAAUCAUGUUGGUUUCAACCAGCAACCAGUCCCAGGAAAUACAGUUGAACAACCACCAUCACCUGUUCAACUUGCGCAUGGUGGCCAAGCAUCUGUUAGAACCCAAAUACCAAAUCUGCACCCAGGACUUGUGUCUACUCCUAUCAGCCCACAGCUUGUAAACCAGCAGCUGGUAAUGGCCCAGUUAUUAAAUCAGCAGUAUGCAGUAAACAGACUGUUAGCCCAGCAGUCCUUAAACCAGCAGUAUCUUAAUCAUCCUCCUCCUGUCAACAGAACAGUUAAUAAACCGUUAGAGCAACAAGUCUCUUCAAACACUGAGGUGUCUUCCGAUAUAUACCAGUGGGUCCGAGAUGAGCUUAAAAGAGCAGGAAUUUCACAGGCAGUGUUUGCACGUGUGGCUUUCAACAGAACUCAGGGUUUGCUGUCAGAAAUUCUUCGAAAAGAAGAGGACCCGAAGACUGCCUCUCAGUCAUUGCUGGUGAACCUUCGGGCAAUGCAGAACUUCCUGCAGCUACCAGAAGCAGAAAGAGACAGAAUUUACCAGGAUGAAAGGGAACGAAGUCUGACUGCAGCUUCAGCUAUGGGUCCUGCACCUCUUAUAAGCACACCUACUAACCGCCCCACACAGGUAAAACCAACAACCGUAGCAACAGAAAGGAAUGGAAAGUCAGACAACAGUGUUUUGAAUAUUAAUGCUUCCAUUUAUGAUGAAAUUCAGCAAGAAAUGAAGAGAGCUAAAGUGUCCCAGGCACUGUUUGCCAAGGUUGCAGCAUCCAAGAGCCAGGGGUGGCUGUGUGAGCUUUUACGAUGGAAAGAAGAUCCAUCACCAGAGAACAGAACAUUGUGGGAAAAUCUGUCAAUGAUCCGAAGAUUCUUAAGUCUUCCACAGACCGAGAGAGAUGCUGUUUAUGAGCAAGAGAGUAAUGGAAUCCAUCACCAUGGUGAAAGGCCACCCCAUGUUAUUCAUGUUCCUGCAGAACCAGUUCAGCAACAAGCACCACAGCAGCCAGUAGCCAGAGUACCACCUAGACAGCCUUCCACAGCAUCACCUGCAGAGUCUGAAGAUGAAAAUCGUCAAAAGCCUAGGCCACGAACCAAAAUCUCAGUGGAGGCUCUGGGAAUUCUGCAGAGUUUCAUACAGGAUGUAGGACUUUACCCAGAUGAGGAAUCUAUUCAGACUCUUUCAGCACAGCUUGACCUUCCGAAGUACACAAUAAUUAAAUUUUUUCAGAAUCAGCGGUACUAUUUAAAACAUCAUGGCAAACUGAAGGAUAAUGCAGGUUUGGAGGUGGAUGUAGCAGAGUAUAAGGAGGAGGAGUUACUGAAAGACUUGGAGGAUAGUUUACAGGACAAAAAUACGACUGCUGCUUUUUCAAUAAAAGUAGAAGAAGAAGUACCUCGGGAAGGUAAUACAGAGGUUAAUGGUAAUCUGAAAAACUGAAUGAAAUGUGACAGAAUCUCCAACAAUGACACUGUAAUUAACUUUUUUUCAUAAAAAUUCCAUUGUGUUGCAUCAUUUCUCAAAACUGUUUAUCAGUGAAGCAAAGUCUUUAUGAACUUGCACAAAUAUUGAAAGAAGGAUAAUGCAGACUGCACUGUUACUUCGUUUAUCACUUAUGCAGCCACUGAUGAAGUAUGGGGAAAUUGCUUGACAUCACUGUUUUCUGUGUUCACUGGAUAUGCCACAGUCUACCUGAUAAGUACCAUGCUAAUUCCCAAGCCUCUAAGAAAUAACAUUACAGCCAUUGGUGAGCAUUUACUUACUUAUUAACCCACUUGCUGAGCAUUGGAAAUUUGAAUAUCUUUAUUUAUAUAAAAAAAGAGCGUUUACAUUACUCUUUCUGUAUUGUGUGUUAUAAAUGAACUACAGACUGUGGAAAGCAGCUCUAAAGGAAAUCAUGCCAACAAAUGCCUUGUAUUAUAUGGCACUGCCGUUUAUUCAGUUCAUUUGCAAAAAAAAAAAUGUCACAGUAACUUUUUUUUUUAAUUCUGUCUUUGCAUUUUUAUGUGAAACACAUUUUUUCUUUAUUUAUUUACAUACGCAGCAAGUUCAUGUUGUAAUUAUUUUGGAAAUGAUUUUCCUUUUAAUGUAAUAGUGCUUCUUGUUACCACACUGAAAGUUUUUUUUUUUGUUUUUUUGUUUCUAUUUAAGUGUAUUUUGAUGGGCAGUAAAACAAAGUGUCUUAAAAGUUUUAAAUGGAAAUAAUGUGCUUUAUAGAGUUGCCUAUAAAAAGUGCUCUAUGUUACCCAAGCAAUUCAUACUAUAAAGCUUCACUCUUGUUGUAUGCAAUUUUUACUAUCAUGCAAAUAAGCUUAGGUCAAUAAAACAAAAUAGAUCACCUUAGAAAACUUAUGCAAUUAAUGUGAAAAUUGAUGUUUGCAAUGUGUCUUCCUUUGGUUUACAAUCAAUUUUAAAGCUACAUCUGUAUAAAUUUUCUGUACAAAAGUGUAUUUCUUUUUUAUGAGUUUCUUGCUCUGAAAACACCAGUUAUUUUGUUAAAUCUGGCUGUUUUUAUAAGUGUAUCACAGUUUUACUUAUGCAGAAAUGUUCAGACUGAGUGGUUAUUGACUGUAACUACACAAUUAAAAUUGUUUGUAUUGUA